GCGGCGGCUACAGAGCGCGCUCAAGGAGAAGCGGCAUCACCCGGCUCAGCAUCUCAGCAUCACAAGAUACACAAACACUCGACUGGCGAGGAGGCGACACGUUGACCUUUGAGGUUGCCGUUGCAGGAAACAGAUCAUCAGCCAAGAUUGUCUGCAAGCAGCUAUGCGGCCACGGUCCAAACUGCUCUCCAAGGGAGGACUGCUGCUGCCCACGAUCACAGAGGGCACAGAGGAGACACUGAGGGAACUGAAUGACACCAACACGCAACAUGCCGUCGAUCACGUCUCCUCCGACGACUACCUCCUCUCCAUCUGCCACCUGGCGCACCCCACCUUCCCGGGUAGCGACGUCUCAACCCGCAACGAGCGCACACACCGUUUAUCACGCCUUCGUGGGACUUCUCAGUUCAACCCAAGAGAGACGCCGAAUAUCAGUGAGAUACGACCGAGACAGAACCAGGAAGUCUUAAGCGGCUCGGACCCUUUGGAGUAUCUUUACGGACAUCACAACAACAUUCCGAUGUGUCAGUCAAAAAGCAGCGUGGAAGGAUUUCCCAAACCGGCUCGAUCCCGAGCUCACAGCAUCCCCCACGCUGCAAAUCCAGGUCUCCCACGGCAACGCAAAAGCAGUUGCCCUGAGUUACACACAGACACCGACCUAGCGAGCAUCUCCCCGAAACACAACACACCCAAAUUAGCAUCCGUGUGGCAUGAUCAAGCCGAAACGGGGGUCCCAGCGGGGCCCGACCCCAACCCCAUUAAGAGACCAUCUCUGGUCUCUCAGUGGAUCUCGGACUGCAGGUCGGCUUGGAGGGAGGGACGCAUGCGAGCCUGUAUGCUCCCCACUAUCACUGACAUAUAAACCGGAAAGAUGAGCAUUUAGUCGCCGCAAUUCCAUCGGGAAUUCCACACAGAAUAGGCGGCGUUCCAAAAUGGGGAAUUCGUACUGAACUGUGCUAAUUGGAGAGGCAUUCAACAAUGUGUACAUGUGUUUCUGGUAUGUAUUUAUAUUGGAAUAAUAUUGUCAAGAUGAUACACCUUAAGUAUGUGCUUGUCAAUGUUUAUGUAUUAUCCUGGUGAUCACAGUAAAAAAAAAAAAAAAAUCAACAAAAAAAUCUGCAAAAUAUUUUAUACCUUUCUGU